UUAUUUGGAACGUUUGAGCUUGUCGAAGCGGACCGCAGGUGACGCAUAGCUAAAGCAGUAUAACGGAUGGCGCCAAAGCUAAUUUGAAGAGUAGCUAGAGAAUAUCCGAGGGAUUUUUUAUAGUCUUCCAUAAUAUUGAUACAUGCACACUGCGUGUUUCUUGUGACCGAUGCACGCGGGCGCCCCGACGAAGACGACGAACGCUCUCUGGCUCUCGAGCUGUAGGCUGAACUGGCCAGCGCUGCAGUCACCCUUUGCUUCCAUGGCAGACAGUGCAAACUUUAUGUACAAGGAUGCAACACCCCUUGUGAACCCGGUCUCGGCACCUGAACUCGAGCCACCUUUCAGGAUUGUUAGAAGUGCAGCAGCUAUCAUCUUUCAGGGUCUGAGUCUUGUUGCUGUGGCUGGGUUGAGCUUCGUGUUGCCUGCGGUAUCCAGUGAGAGCAACCGUUCUCCCACUGAUGCCUAUUCAGUUAUCUUGUACGCACACACCUGCCUGUGGGCGUCCAUGACACUGAUCGACUCCUACCUGCGCCACCAGCACAACAUCCUCCACUGCAGUGGAUACAUAUACUACUACCAGCUCACCAGACGCCUUCGUCGAGCAAAUGUGUACAUUGUGUCAGCAGGAAGCACAAUGCUCCUCUUACUGUCUGUGCUUGUUGACAACUACUGCCAUGACCGAGGCUCCUGUCCUGGCUCACCUCUUAAGCCUGUCCACUACAUACAGAUUCUCCUCACACUUGAGACAGUCUUGGCCUUGCCUUUCCUGCUCAAGUACCUUGUGAUGACACUGAACUUCCACAAGAACAAGUAUAAGCCGGAUUCUCUUCAUGAUGAGCUUCUUCUCAGCUUCAUGCAUUCACAGUCAUCAGCUGGUGAUCUUGGCUUUCGGGAUGACAACUAUUUUGAAGAUGUCUUGGAGAAGCAGUCGGACAUGAUCCGCUACUUGAAGAAAUACAAUGCUUUUCUCGGACGAAAGAUACUAAAUCUCAGUGUUGAACUGAACAACUUCAGGGCGCACACAUCUUGUUAAGAAUCUGGACUGUUAUAGUAUGUGUGUAUAAGUGCGUGUGUGUGUGUGUGUAUUUUGCUGAUAUGUUUGUUUUUAACUGUUUUCAAGGAUUUUAUUGAAAUUAUUAAAAAAUGACACAUUGUUUAAAGAAAUUGCAUUCUUGCCAUUUACUUUAUAAGGUUUGUGCUUUGAGUUCACUGCUACCCUUUAGUUUUCUUAGCUUCUGUUGAGAUAAGAAAGUGACGCAUUGUUUAAAGAAAUUGCAUUUCUGCCAUGGUUUUUUGAGGUUGUGCUUAGAGCUCAAUGCUGUCAUUUGGUUUUCUGAGGUUUAUUUUUAUUGAAAUGAUUAAAAGGAUGACACAUUGGAAAAAUUACAAUAUUCUUACAAUCACUUUAAAGUUAGCACUUUGAUUUCAGUGCUAACAUCUAGCUUUCAUAGAUUUUACUGCUACAAUAAAAGAUGACACAUUGUUGCAUUUUUUGCCCUGAUUGCAGUUUUGCCUUAACUUUCAUCAAGUUUGAUGCUGACGUUUAAGUUGUGUCCUGCAAAUAGAUGGCAGUGUAAAGUUGCUCCUUCCUGUAACUUUCAUAGCAGCUUGCCGUUCUAUUGUUGCCAAAGAUUUCUGAAGUUUUAUUGUACUGGUUCUUUACAUAAUAAUGUUGCUAUGUUGCUGUGUUGCUGCUUCCCAAGGUUUUUAGUCUAAUAAAUACUGCUUCCUUAUACUACAA